CUGGUGCACAAAACCAGUUUGAACGGUAGCCGGUGACACUCGAAAAAUCGCUCAUUAUUUACCGCCGUAAAAAAGUUAAAUCACUACAAACUUAAACGGAGAGGCAUUCAACGCCGUAAACGAAGAUUCACAAAUCAACGCUCGCUGGUGAAGUUGAAAACCACCCUUCUACAAAAUGAGUUUGGAAUGCUUAAUUGGAAUAAAGUUCAAGGAUUUUGUUAUCAUGGCGACUGACAUGUCAUGCCUGCAGAGCAUCAUGGUCCACAAAGGCGAUGCUGACAAGAUGCAGAAAUUGUCAUCCCACCUCCUGAUGGCUGUGAGUGGAGAGAGUGGUGAUACCACCCAGUUCAGUGAAUACAUUGAGAAGAAUGUACAGCUUUACAAGAUGAGAAAUGGUUACGAGCUUCCUCCCUCUGCGGCUGUGCACUUCACACGCAACACGCUGGCCACACACUUGCGCUCCAGAGAGCCAUACAUGGUGAACUUGCUACUGGGGGGCUAUGAUCCUGACCAGCAGACUGCGGAGCUAUACUACAUGGACUACUUGGCUGCUUCCAUCCCAGUCAACUAUUAUGCCUUUGGUUAUGGUGGCUGGUUCACUCUAUCUGUUAUGGACAGAGAAUACAGACCUGAUAUGUCAGAGGAGGAGGCAUACGGUCUGCUGGUGAAGUGCACGGCUGAAAUCAAGCGCAGGUUCCUGGCCAACCUGCCCAAGUUCCGCGUGCGCUGUGUCAACAAAGACGGCAUUAAAGACAUGAAGAACAUUGUUGCUGACGGCGAACCUGCCUAAAUAUCUCGCUCGCUCAUUCUUUAUAUCCCUUUCAGUGGGAAACUAGAGAAUUGUUUUCAAGACCUAUUUUUUAGAAUGUCAUUUCAUUGCGAGUACUUACAAAAGUUCGAUAUUAUCACUAAAAUUUGAAUGUUGCUAUUGGGUUUUUGAGAAACCUGCCGGCCAUGUCAAUUGCGUGUUACACGAAUGUGGUUGACUGAUGUCCUUGUAUUAAUAAUUAUUAAUUGCACAGACAUUUACAACAUUAGUUAGUUUCGAUCAUGAUGUCCGUGUAUUCUAAAUAAAACGAGCUAUAAGUACUUUGCAAGUCAGCCUUUUUGCAGUCAAAUAACUUACAUCAAGUACAGAAGAUUUUAUUUUGUGAAACUAAGUCUUGUGUUUGCAUUAGAGAAACUUGAAAUUUCUAAAAAACUAUAUUCAAUCAUUUGUUUUUUAUUCCGACGUUUUGUGGAAUCAUGCGUAUGCAUAAGAUCAGGAUGUUUGGCAAAUGCACUUAAAGGUGGAUUUUAACACCUUCUUGAAACUGGGUCUUUGGAAACGAUCUUCAGUUGUCCACUGAAGUUUAAAUGUUAGUCUGAGACUCAACGCAUACUUUUAUUAUCAAGUUUAUCGCUUUAGGUGGUUGCUAAUAAAAACUUAACAAUUUAAUUCAUUUUUUGUUCGCAAGAUUACGUGUUGAACUCCUGGUAAUGCAGCAACUGCAAUGACUCCAGAAGUCCGAAACCUAAACCAAGAUGAUAGAUGCACAAUUCAAAUCCUUAACAAACUAAAUGCGUUGUUGAUGUUCUCGUGCGAGCACGAAGUAUAAAAUUGGGCUAAGUAA